AUAUUGCAGUGCUGGUUCUGAUUUUUAAUGCUGCUAAGAGCUGCCCAACGAUGCCUGCCCUGUUCUCUGACCAUACCUUCAGACAUUAUGCCUACCUUCGGGACAGUCUGUCCCAUCUGGUCCCUCCGUUAAGAUUGCCAGGUAGAAAGCUGGUGUCCUCCCCUGUCUCUCCCAACAUUACACCACAUGAAGAUCCUUCUCAGCAGUUCUUACAUCAGAGCCUGGAGAGGGUCUACAACCUUCAGCACCUUGACUCUCAGGGCAUACAGGAGCUGCUGGAAUUUACCAUCCGUGAUCUUCAGAGGCUUGGAGAACUGCAGUCAGAACUGGCAGGGAUGGCAGAUUUCAGUGCAACUUACCUUCAGUGUCAGCUGCUCCUCAUCAAGGCCUUGCAGGAGAAGCUGUGGAAUGUGGCAGCUCCUCUCUACCUGAAACAGAAUGCUUUAGCAUCUGCUGCAGCAAAACAGAUCUUGGAAGAAACUUACAAGAUGGAGUUCAUGUACAGUGGCGUGGAGAGCAGUCAAGUGGUCAUCAUUCACCACAUGAGGCUGCAGGCCAAGGCGCUACAGCUCAUAGUGACCGCGCGGACCACUAGAGGGGUGGAGCCCCUUUUUGGGCUGUGUGAGAAAUUCCUACAGGAAGUGGACUCCUUUCAGAGAUGUUUCAUCUCGGAGCUCCCACACAUGCAAGGCAGCUUUGUAGAUAAAUUGCUGGACUUAAUGCCCAGACUUGUGACAUCCAAGCCUUCAGAGGUGGUCAAGAUUCUUCAGACAACACUGCGACAAAGCACCUUCCUCCACCUUCCUCUUCCAGAGCAGCUCCAUAGAGCUACUGCAAAUAUCAUCGAGCCAACUGGUGAGUCUGACAACCCUCUGAGGUUCACCUCGGGGUUGGUGGUGGCACUGGAUGUUGAUGCAACUCUGGAACAUGUGCAGGAUCCCCAGGGAACUGUUAAAGUGCAGGUUUUGUAUCCAGAUGGACAAGCACAAAUCAUCCAUCCCAAACCAGCUGACUUUCGGAAUCCUGGUCCUGGAAGGCACAGGCUGAUAACUCAGGUGUACCUCUCCCACACAGCCUGGACAGAGCCCUGUCAGAUUGAAGUGCGGUUGCUGCUGGCCUACAAUUCCAACAGGAGCAAGGCAUCAGCUAAAAUGCCUAAGUCUACCUGGAGUGAGAACCUGGAAGCUCUCCCACAGUCUGAGAAUGGCAUAGAGGGGACCAUACCCUUCAGCAAACCUGUCAAGGUUUAUAUCAUGCCCAAACCAGCCAGGAGGUGAAGUCUGUCCCUACAAGAAAUACGUUUAAGGGUUUGUUGGGCGACC